AUGUCGACUUUGCAUUUGAAUGCUAAAGAUUAUUGGAAUAAAGAUAUGAAUCGAUGGAAUGUGAACGACUGGGAUAUCUACAUAAUCAAGCAAGACCCGAAAAUCACGAAAAUGCAAUGUCAUAAGUUGUUGAGCGCAGAACUUAAACGUAUGAAACUAAAAUUCACGAACGAUCAUCCUGUUUACCAGCGUGUUGAGAGAGUUCAAUAUAUGCUAAAGCGAAUCCAAAAAGAUAAAUUCAACAUCAGACUAUGGAAAAAUCUAAAAGAAAGGAAUGAAAAAGAAUGA